AUGACAUUCCUCAAACCUCUUCUCCUAGCGACAAUGCUAUCCAUCGCCUCGAACGCUGCAAAAACCGAGUGCCCGCUAGGCUGGCUCCCAAACACAUUCCACGGGACCAAAUGCUGCGCUGGCGGCAUGGUUAUCGACGAACAAGGCGCCUACUGCUGCGUUAACGACAUGAGAUAUUACAAGGAAUUGCUCACCAACACAGCAUUGAGAUAUGCUACCCCCACGACGACCGAAGAGACCAACUGGUCCACGGUGGAUGAAUCUUGCUUCGCGGAGGUCCGCUUCACAGCCUCCGACUACUCGGCACAGGUUUCGUCAGCGUCGAGCAAGGCUGAGGCUACUCCCACAAAUGAUUCAACGAGCAAGGUCACCACCACCGGUAGUACGACUUCUGGAGCUACCUCUGGUAUCGCCUCGCAGACCUCCACUUCGAGUCCGACUCCAACUUGGAACGCGGCUAUGCCGCUUGCCACGGUUGAUGUGCUUGGUGGCGCAGCAUUUGCUGCUGCUUUUUUCAUGUUGUGA